AUGGCUGAGUACUACGUCGCGGGCCGCACACUCACGCUCCAGGGCCUGGACCAGCCGGCCACCGGCAACUACAGCUGCUGGCGCGGCCCUCGCCUGCUGGACUCCACCUACGUGGUGGUCAGCGACCCGGAGUACCCCCUGCUGCAGGGCUCCCCAGGCCACGCCGUGACCUGCCAGGCGGAGUCCUACCACGGCGAGCUAACCUGCUCCUGGACCGCGCUGCGCCCCGCCACCUUCCGCGCCCACCUCUCCCGCAACCCCGGCAGCGCCCCCAGGACCUGGGUCUACGUGGGCGGAGGUGCCGCCCUGCAGGGCCCAGACCAGCCCCAGUCCUUCACGGUGACCCUGGCGGACGGGACCUUCUGCCCCUUCGCAGAGGAGCCGAGGCCGCUGGAGCUGGCGCUGGAGGGAAUCUCGGCUGAGAGCUUCGUGAACAUCACCCGCCGCAUCUUCCUGCGGGACAUCGUGAGGCCGGGACCUCCACAAGACGUGGCUGCACAGAGCAAGGGCGGGCGCCUGUACCUCUCCUGGGCCCCCCCUGCCUCCUGGUCCAGCCCACACUCCUACUUCCUCCUGCGCUACCAGCUGGAGUACAAGCAGUGGGACGGCACCACGGGCUCUCUCCAGCUGGACGGGGUGACGGAGAUGAGCGUCGAGGGGGAUGUGCGGUGGGUGCAGAUCCGCUGCCAGGACCCCUUGGUCAACUCCACCUGGAGCCCCUGGACCACCUGGCAGAAGGUGUGACGGGGCUUGUCAGAGCUGGGCCUGCAGGCCCCUUACCCUCAGCCCAUCCUCCCAUCUGCCGUAUUUAACCCAGUCCCUGCUGCCCCCAUCUAACCCUUACACUGGCCAGACAACCCCACUGAGGGGCCUAGGAUUCGGGGCUGCCCACCCCAGAGCCCUGUCCCAUCUUGAUCCCCCAACCAUCACCCCCUCCCAUGCGGCUGGGAUCUGCUCUCUGGAGCACUUACAAUAAACAACAGCUGGUGCCCUGGACUCGGUGUU